AUGGUCGAAAUCGAUAUCGUUGCAAUCUCUAAUGUGCUAAAUAGCCUGAAUUACGUCACCUUCGAUGACUUACAUCUUCGUCGAUCAUCUCAAGAGGUUGUAGACCGUUUCUUGCUUUUAGAUGCAAAAAAUAUUAACAAAGAUGGACAAUUCAUGGGAAUCAUGCUCCUCCUGCUUGAUGAGAAGGGAGUAAUCACCGAUGAGGGGAAGUCACUCCAAACGAAAUCGGACUGA